CAGAGUUAUAGUAGGAGGGCUUUUCCUCUCUCUCUCUCUACUUUGAACGAGGCCAUCUCACUCCAGCAUUCAUCCCGUUUCCACCAAUAAGCCCAAUGAGCUGACUGCGCACCACCCACUAUCGAUGUGUGUAUUUUUUCUUCUCCCUUGCCUUCUUUUUUUAAACCAGAGCUGGAUGUGUAGAUCGUCACAUGUUGUUUCCCCUCCUCAACCAGGACACCAGGAGACAUGUGUUAUUUAUUGCUCAGAUGUGGGAGAAGACGUACUAACGCACAGCCCUGGAAAUAAAGGAUUAAAAUAAAGCGCGUCGUUUCUUUAGCAACUCCAGGAAAGGAAGCAUUGUGUCUGAUGGCAGAGGACGCGAGAAUGGCGAGUCCGCCAAACACCGGAGAUCAGCAGUUAUCACCAGGUAAUACGAACGUGAACAACAAUAUCAAGAAAUGCGGAUAUCUAAAGAAGCAGAAACACGGACACAAGCGAUUUUUUGUUUUGAAAGAGCCAAACGAAGGGUUCCCUGCCCGGCUGGAGUACUAUGAGAGCGAGAAGAAAUGGAAAAACAAAUCGGCUGCGAAGAGAGUUAUUCCACUGGACUGCUGCCUCAAUAUCAACAAGCGAGCGGACGCAAAACACAAAUAUCUUAUUGCCCUUUAUACCAAGGACGAAUAUUUUGCGGUGGCGGCAGAAAACGAGCAGGAACAGGAGAGCUGGUACCGGGUACUGACGGAUUUAAUGGUAGAGGGGAAAGUAUAUGACGGCUCCGCGUCCAACUCUGCGUCGUCGCUGGUUGGCUUCGACGAGGCGAACUAUGGUAUAAUGACGCCGGCUACCGCAGCCUACAAGGAGGUAUGGCAGGUUCGUGUGAAACCCAGAAGCUUAGGACAGAGCAAACAUUUGACCGGAGUGUGCAGGCUGUGUCUCUCCAGCCGAACUAUCAGCUUUGUCAAGUUGAACUCAGAGGUUGCCUCCGUCAUCUUACAGCUGAUGAAUAUGCGGAGGUGCGGUCACUGUGAAAGCUAUUUUUUCAUUGAGGUUGGUCGAUCUGCAGCCACGGGUCCCGGGGAAAUAUGGAUGCAAGCCGACGACUCUGUGGUGGCACAGAACAUCCACGAAACUAUCUUGGAGGCGAUGAAAGCCAUGAAAGAGCUGUCGGAAUUCCGUCCGCGCAGCAAAAGCCAGUCAUCUAGUACAAACCCUAUCUCUGUGCCUACACGGAGACACCUGAACAAUCUUCCCCCUAGCCAGACCGGGCUUCCCCGGCGGUCACGCACUGACAGCAUGGCUGCGACAUCUCCUGUGAGUAAAUUCAGCUCCUGUCGAAUACGCACUGCCAGCGAGGGCGAUGGCACCAUGACACGCCCCAUGUCAGUGACUGGGAGCCCCCUUAGCCCCGGGGUUCACAGGACCCUCCUGUGCAGAUCUCACACUAUUUCAACUCGCCCUUCUCGUACAUUUGAAGCUUCUUCCCUCCAGCACAGUAAGUCCAUGUCUAUGCCCCUGUCUCACUCCCCGCCCAUGGCCACCCCUAGCCCAGUGAGUCUGUCUUCCUGCCCAGACAGCAGUACCCCUCGCCCCUCUAGCUGCAGUGCCUCCUUCUCUGGCUCACCUAUUGAUGCUGGUUUUAUCUCAAGUGAGGAGUAUGGCUCUAGCCCUGCUGAUGCACGGGACCUCAGGCUACCACUCACCCUCAGUAGCAACACUCCAGAGUCUCUCAGAGCUGACACUCCCCCCUCCCGAGACAGCAGUGAGCUUGAUGGCUACAUGGUGAUGGAGCGACAAAAUCAGAAUGGUUACCGUCAGUUAACCGAGCUGGACAAGGCAUUCAGAAAGCGUACAUACUCCCUCACCACCCCCCGCCAGCAGAGGGGUCCCCCCCAAGUCUCUUCAGCCUCCCUGGAUGAGUAUACUCUUAUGAGGGCCACAUAUACCAAUGGAAGCCAGUGUUCUCGCAGGUGUCACACUGCCUCCCCUAAAGGGAGCUAUCCUGAGGAUUACAGGGAUGUUCACAACAGCUCUAACAGUCUUCAAGCUGACAGUGGCUAUAUGCCCAUGAUGCCGGGUGUGGCACCUCAGACACCAGGGUCCAAGGAUGACCCCUACAUGCCCAUGAGCCCUAUGUGUGUUUCUGCUCCAAAGCAGAUCAUCAACACCCAUUCACACAUUUCAUCAGUGGGGCUGGCCCCACGCACAGACUCCCCUGGGAGUAUUUCCCUGGAGGACAGUGGCUAUAUGCCCAUGUGGUGUGGAACAAAAAUGUCUGUGGAGAGCGCUGAUGGAAAGGUUACCAAUGGAGAGUACCUGACCAUGUCUCCUGUUGACCCUCUGGGGUCUCUCACACCCCCAGACUAUAUCCUUAGUCCCACAGGAGGAGAUCCCCACCUCCAGCAACAUUACAGACAGCCUUAUUCUUACAGCUCUCUACCACGCUCACUAAAAGGUCUACUGCAGCGCAGCGGGUCCACAGACGCAGAUGAGUAUGUGAUGAUGAGUUUACAGAGACAGAGGAUAGAAGAGGAGUCCAACUAUUGUUCUAUCUCUCCAGGCGACUCUGUGGCCAGCAGUUCUCCAAGGACACCAGGCACCCCGUCCUCUGCGCCAUCUCCUCUCAGAGUGGCUUGGGUGGAUGGAGGUCUGGCGCACCGGAGUAGGGUGUGUCGGCCCACCCGUCUGGCUAUUGAAUCCCUCAGAGCACUACCGUGUAUGAGCGAACACCCCCUUCCCUCAGAGCCACGCAGCCCCGGAGAGUACAUCAACAUAGACUUCAGCAGUGCUCCUAGCGACCUGCUAGCAUCUACAACGUCAGAGAGCUCUGAGUCACCUGUAGGGUUAAUCUGUGCAGAGAGGGGAUCCCUGCCACUCCCAGACUAUGCUAAUGUUAAUGACGGCUCCCCAGGUCACCUUGGGUCACACCAAGCUAGGGAUUCCUCCCCAGCAAGGUAUCUAAACCACCCACCUAAAGUCGUGAGUUGCCGUCUAGUGAACACCGAGCAGGGCAUUCUAGGAGGAGAGGAGAAAGAAGAGGAAAAAAGCUUUGAGGGACAGGCAAAGGAGAAAGCGCUGGCAGAGGAAUAUCCUCUUCGACAGCAGAUGAGUCUAGUGUGUCAUCCUGCUCCAGUGAAGGAAGACUACACUGAGAUGACUUUUGGUCCUCCUGCCCCUCUACCUGCUUCCUGCACCACUGAGGCUGCUCCAGUUCCAACCAGCUCCACUGCGUCUGCCCAGAGACUCAGCCUUGAGAGCAGAAUUGUGGAUGGGAUGCCCCAUGUGCCAGUGGACUCUUUUCUCCUGGGGGGUCCUUCCUUAUCUGUCACCCCUGUGGAUCCACACAGGGGGGCCAAAGUGAUCCGGGCUGACCCUCAAGGGCGUCGGCGGCACAGUUCUGAGACCUUCUCCUCUACCACCACUGUCACACCCGUGUGCCCGUCCUUUGCCCACGACACCAAACGGCACAGCUCUGCCUCUGUGGAGAAUGUAUCCCGCACUGUUCGCAGCUCUGAUGGAUCUGAUAAGGACUAUGGCAGCCCCAACAGCCCCAUGUGCAGGGAAACAUCAGCUGGUUAUCAAAAUGGACUUAACUACAUUGCCUUAAACCUGAUGGAGGGAAACCUUGGAGGAUGCAGGUUAGGUGGUUGUGAUGGACUUCUGAGGUUCAAGAAAGCCUGUGGCUGUAAAGGCGGCAUGAAUGGCUUCAACCCGAGCCCCUACGCAAGCCUUGGAUUUAAGGAGACUGCUGCUGCUGUAAAAGAAUGAAGGCUGAUGCCCCUCCCCGAGCGACACACCCUCAACAAACCCCCUCUGCCUGUGAACGUUGAAUUUCGUAUGCAGCCAGGUGAAGAGGUCGCCACAGCAACAGUUGGAGCAUGCGCUGCAGUCAGUGACCUUUGACCUCUUUUUUUGCCUUCGGGGGUCACAGGGACAGCCAUCGCCAUGGAAACACAGACACUCAAUCUUCACCCCAAAUCUUCCCUUUGCUUUCUUGGCACCAAAACAUUCAGGCGCCAUUGCUGCUGUAGUAGUAGGUUACUUUAAAAAAAUAACAAGACCUUAAAUGGACUAUUAACUCUAAUAGGUAACUAUUUAUCUAUUUAUCUCUGUACGUAGGCAGAAAAAUGAUUCUGCAGUAUGUUAUUGUUAUGUUAAUUAUUGUUGUUAUUACCAUUCAUACACUUUCAACUGGUCAUUGUUUGGCUCAGCCAAGAGUUUCCAGAAACUCUUACCUUAAACCCUGUGACCCAAACCUGGAGAGCACGUGCGCACACAUACACGCAUAUAAAAAAAAAUUACAUGCAUACAGGUUACAUGUAUUUAUUUAUUUAUCAUGUAGGUAUGCAGUAAUUGAAAUGUGUGUGUGCAAUUUUUUAUACAGAGUGUACUGCAAAAGAUAUGGCAUUUAUGAAAAUAUUGAAAAAUCAGAGUUAACAUUUGCUUAAAAAAAAUCUACCUCAGUU